AUGAAGGUGUACAAAGACAAGUCUCGCGAGAUAUACAUUCCCAAGGACGUUAAUUUGACAGAACUCCUCCAUACCAGCGCCGUCCCACUUGCACCUUCUCAUCUUAUUGCCUCAGACAGUCUCACCAAUCGAAGUCUGACCAUUGGAGAGCUGAGGUCUCGAGCUGGAAGAAUUGCAAAUGGACUUCGGAAAAGUUACAGUCCCGUAGAGGGAGAUAGAUGGGCGGUGAUACUUCCAAACUGCGUCGAGUAUAUCGAACUUUUCCAUGCUCUGCUCUGGGUUGGUGGAGUCGGCUGUCCUAUUAAUCAUGCCCUCAAGGCCAUCGAAAUCGCACAUGCACUUGCGGUUUCCAGACCCAAAUAUAUAUUCGCAUACAGCGCAUCCCUUGCGAACGUCCUCGAGGGAAUCAGAAUCGCCAAAGUGGAACUCGCACAGACAGGAACCACCUGGAAAGACCCUACAGUAAUGACAGUUAUCAACCGCCACGGCACGUAUGCUCACGCCCCAGACGACUUCAUUUCCUCUCAAACGCUCGCAAUUCCCCACUAUGGGGAUACAACAACUCGUCUGGCUAGCAUCCAUCUCUCCUCCGGCACAACUGGAGCACCCAAAGGCGUUCAGCUUACACACUAUAAUUUCGUCGCCAAUGUACACCAGCUCUAUGCGCACGACCCGGCACAAUUCCACCCAGCAGCCCGCAUCGUCGCCUUCACUCCUUUUGUACACAUUGCAAUGACGACGAUGCCUCUCUUCUUCGGCCCCUGGACUGGGGCGCUGCAUCACGCUAUGCCAGCCCCUUUCAGCUUCGAAGAAUUCGGCAAACUGGUCUCAUCAGUGCGGCCAACCAGCUUCCAAGGUGUGCCAUCCAUUGCGCUGCAAAUCGCAAACUCGGAUCUUACGGAGAAGUACGACUUUUCGAACGCAGAGGUCAUCAAUUGCGGUGGUGCGGGCAUGACACCCGAGAUAGUCGCGAGGCUAUGCAGUAGAGCGCCAUGGGAGAUAAUUCAAGUUUAUGGUAUGACUGAGGGUGCCCCUUACGUUGCAUACCAGCGAAAAGGUCAGAGACUGCCCGGUGGUCAAAUUGGACAUUUCUUGCCCAAUGUUGAGGCGAUGCUGAAAGUAUCCGGCACGAGCGAAGACGCACCUGAGGGCGGACCGGGAGAACUGUGGAUUCGCGGACCGAACAUCACGCAACGUUACAGCGGCGUGAGCACUGAGGCGAACACAAGGGCUUUUCCUGAGGAGGAUGGACUGGAGUGGUACAAUACUGGGGAUGUAUGUACCAUCGAUAAGAAUGGUGUUGUGAGUGUUGUGGGACGGACAAAAGAGCUAAUAAAGUAUAAGGGCUUCCAGGUGUCGCCGGUUGAGCUGGAAGCGCACUUGAACUCCCACUCCCAUGUUGUUGAAGCUGGAGUUGGUGCAGUAUGGGAUAAAUCGCAGUUGACUGAAUUGCCAACAGCAUAUGUAGUGUUGAAACCUGAACUCGCGGAUGGGCAUGCUACCCGAGCAUUAGAAGAGAUUCAUCAGCAGAUGGAUCAGUUGGUCAGUGGGUAUAAGAAGUUGAGAGGUGGCGUGUGGGGUAUAACGAAGUUGUCGAAGACAUCUACAGGGAAGAUCUUAAGGGCGCAAUUAAGAGAGCAUCUUACCGGGGCAUGUUCUUUACAUAGUGAGCCCCAGAGAGCAAAGCUAUAA